CUGGACCACUACCCAGUGUCCACACACUUCCUGCCCAAGGCCUCCGACACCAACUUCAACCUGCUCAAGAGUAUCUUUCUUGGAAAAGUAUUUGAAACUGGACAGAUUGACCCCAUCUUAAUCGAGCGCUACAACACGCCGGGCUUUGUGGGCUGUCUGUCUCGCGUACAGCUGAACGGUGUGGCCCCGCUGAAAGCAGCCCUGCGCUUGGGCCCCGCAGCACCCGUCAGCACCCAUGGCAUUCUAGUCCCCUCCAACUGUGGAGCAUCACCCCUCACCAUCUUCCCCAUGGCCUCAGCCAGUGACCCCUGGCACGUCGAAGCAGCUGGAGCGGUGUUCCCCUUCAAAGAGAACAAGGCCAAGGAAGGAGUGGACCGAAACUCUGCCAUCGUGGGAGGUAAAUCUCAUUCAACUCCUACAGACU